GAGGUGGUCGACGUGCCUGUGGAGCAGCAUGUCGAACAAGUGGUUCAUGUGCCUGUUGUAAACAAAGUUGAGCGAUUGGUCCACAACCCUGUGGACCUGAUGGUGGAAGUUCCCCGGCCGGUUGUCAUCGAGAAGACCAUCGAGGUGCCAAAGAUCCAGAUUGAAGAGAGGACCAUCAAGGUGCCAAAGGCCAGGCCUUUGAAUUGUUUUGGCAAUGGCCAGACCUGCGCUUGGAGGGACUUUCCACCUGAUGCUUUGAAGGUCAUGAGCACGAUGGUGGACACAGUGGUGCAGAAUCAAAUUGAGACGAUUGAGGUGGUGAAGCCGACUGUUCGCAAAGUGGUUCAGCGCAAAAAGCCUGUGAUCCAAGAGCAAGUGCAGCAUGUCCCAAAGGUGCCUCAGGUUCAGUACGAGGACCAGAUUGUACAGGUGCCAGUGGCGAAGCACGUUCAAGUGCCAGUUGUCCAGAAGGUUCAGAAGACAGUGGAGGUGCCUCAGAUCCAGUACGAGGAUCAGGUUGUCCAGGUGCCUGUCCAGAAGCAGGUGCAGGUUCCUAUGAUCCAGAAGGUCCAGAAGACUGUCAAGGUUCCUCAAGUUCAGUAUGAAGACCAGAUCGUGGACGUACCAGUGACCAAGCAGGUGCAGGUGCCAAUGGUCCAAAAGAUUCAGAAGACCGUAGAAGUGCCGCAAGUGCAAUAUGAGGACCAAGUCGUGCAUGUGCAGAAAACUGUCGAAGUGCCUCAAGUGCAGUACGAGGAUCAGGUCGUGCAGGUUCCUGUGGAACAGCCAGUGCACGUGCCCAUGGUGCAGAAGGUGCAAAAGACAGUUGAAGUGCCCCAGAUCCAGUUCGAGGAUCAGGUCGUGCACGUGCCGGUUGAGAAACAGGUGCAUGUUCCGAUGGUGCAGAAGGUGCAGAGGGCAGUGGAAGUGCCUCAAGUCCAAUACGAGGAUCAAGUGGUGCACGUGCCAGUUGAGAAGCAGGUUCAUGUGCCUAUGGUGCAGACAGUGCAGAGGCAAGUGGAGGUGCCCCAGAUUCAGUACGAGGACCAGGUUGUCCAGGUGCCAGUGGCGAAGCAUGUGCACGUGCCAAUGGUGCAGACCGUCCAGAAGACAGUGGAAGUGCAAGUUAUUGAAACCCUUGAGAAAAUCGUGGACGUGCCUGUGGUGAAGCAGAUUGAAGUUCCGCAGGUCCAGACCAUUGAGAAGAUCGUGGAGAUCCCCCUCGUGCAGACUGUCGAGAAGGUUGUGGAGGUGCCACAGGUAGGCCAGACUACCCAGGGCACCACUCGAGAAGUGGAUAUUCCUUUGGUGACUGCUUAUGGUGCUGCUCCUGGAACUGCGUAUGGUACUGGCACCAUCAUGGAGCCAGUGGCAGUGCCACCAGGUGGGUAUGCAGCGCCUACCACUGUGUACGGAGCACCCCCAACUGCAUAUGCUGCACCUGGAGCCACCUACGCUGCACCGGCAACCACCUAUGGUGCUGCCCCGACCUAUGCUGCACCUGCAACAACCUUUGCAGCGCCAGAGACUAUGUAUGCGGCUCCAACCUAUGCUGCUCCUGCAGCUGGCGCCACUUAUGCUGCUCCGAUGGGAGCAGAGGUUCCAGCCAUGGAUGCUCCAACCUAUGCUGCUCCUGCGGAGCCGGUCUUCGCGCAAGGUCCAGCAGCUACCUACACGACUGAGCCACAGCAGGGGAUGGGUUCCAUGCUGCCUCCCCAGCCCAAGCAGCUGCCAACUGAAACGGUCAUGGG